GCAAGUGUGCACUAGCUAAUAAAUACUCGGAAGUCUACAAUCAGAGUGUGGAGGAGGAGGAUGGUUGAUGAUGUCACACUGUCUUGGCAGUGACAAAAGGAUGUUAAUUCGGGGUAGGGGCAUAGUGUGUUUCUGUGUAUUUAGAGUAUCCGCGGCGUAAGGAUUAUUCAGUCCAAGUCUACAUACAUACAUACAUGUGUAUUAAUAUAGGGGUCAUCAAAUUGAAUCAUUAGUAAAGUUCCGCAGCUGUGUGUAGAAACACUAUCACGAGGCGUAAAUAAGAAAAGUGUUGUGUGCUGUUCGAAUCUGCCGAUAUUUAUAAAAAAAAACGUUGUAAUCGCACUUUGCUAAUUAUGUCCUACGGAAGCGUAAAAUGUGCGAACGACACUCUUGGCUUAAAUAAACCGAAAGCCAAGAUGCGCGACGAAAGACAACCCCUCUUGGAAAAUGAACAACUGGACGAAGGAUCUUCGAGUGAGACCAUCAACGUACAAUCGACCGCACUCGACAUCCAGCAAAUUCCGGUUAACGAUGGGAAGGACGAUGACCCGGUUCUAAAUAGGAACUUAGAAAGCCCGACGUCCAAUUUGGAGACGAUGAUCCAUCUCCUGAAAGGAAACAUCGGUACUGGAAUAUUGGCGAUGCCGGACGCAUUCAGAAAUGCAGGACUGGCUGUUGGAUUUUUCGGGACUCUGUUUAUGGGAGCGAUCUGCACUCACUGUAUGCACAUUUUGGUGAACAGUACUCACGAGUUAUGCAGGAGGGUGCAGAAACCUUCGCUGGGAUUCAGCGAGGCCGGAGAGGUCGCGUUCAAGACUGGACCGGAACCUCUACAAAAGUAUUCCCAAUUGGUGAAGUCGCUGAUCAACGUUUUCCUUUGCAUAACGCAACUGGGGUUCUGCUGCGUUUACUUCGUUUUCGUCGCCGCCAAUCUGCACGAUGUGAUUAAAAAUUACUUCUUCGAUAUGAGCGUCGUUUGGUACUUGGUGAUGUUACUCAUUCCAAUGAUCUUUUUGAACUGGGUGAAGAAGUUGAAGUACAUAACACCGGCAUCUCUGUUUGCUUCGAUUUUAACUACCAGCGGACUUGUUAUUAUUUUCUUUUACUUGCUACAAGACCUUCCAUCCACAUCAACAGUAAACGCAUUCGCUUCUUGGAGUCAAUUACCUUUAUAUUUUGGAACUGCGAUUUACGCGUUUGAAGGCAUCGGCGUGAUUUUGCCUUUGGAAAAUAAUAUGCAAACGCCACAAGAUUUCGGUGGAUGGAACGGUGUUUUAAAUACCGGAAUGGUAAUUGUUGCGUGUCUUUACACAGCCGUCGGAUUCUUCGGUUACUUGAAGUAUGGCGAGAGAGCUAAGUAUGGAAGUAUUACUUUGCUUUUGCCAGACACUGACAUAUUGGCACAAUCUGUACGCUUGAUGAUGGCCAUAGCUAUUUUCCUAUCCUACUGUUUGCAAUUCUACGUUCCCAUGAACAUUGUUUGGCCGAUGAUCAAGAAACAUUUGCAGACUGACAAACAAAUAUUCUAUGGAGAAUACGUUACCAGGAGUUGCUUGGUUUUCCUAACGUUCGCCUUAGCCGCUGCCAUCCCUAACUUGGGUGCAGUCAUCUCGUUAGUCGGAGCUUUCAGCAGUUCGGCUUUGGCGUUGAUCUUUCCUCCGUUGAUAGAGAUCGUCACUCUAUGGCCUAACAAUCUAGGCCACAGAAACUGGAUUCUAUGGAAGGAUGUAGCCAUCAUGGUUUUCGGUAUUUGCGGGUUCAUCGUAGGUUCCUACGUCAGCAUUCUAAACAUUUUACACCCGGAUGCGUAAAUGAUGUGUUUAUUAUUUAAACAAUAUUUUUUAACUUGUUUCUCAUAAUGUCUGUGGUUUUAGUUUUUAAUUGUUUUUUGUUUUGUUUUGUUCUGUUCUGUUUAUCCUAACCAAACUGUGACAAUAAUUAGGAUACAAUCGUUCUGCAAGAAUGAAAAUCUAAGCGAAUUAUCGAUGGGCUUGUUUUUAUAUUGUAAUUU